UUCGCUUAUGUAAUUCUAUGGUACAAACGGGGAAGUUGCCACUUCCUCUGCAUGUGUACGUUGUAUAAAAAUGGCUCCAACGAAAGGAAAAGGUGGUGAAAAACCAGGAAGUGGAGGUAAAAAAGAUGAUAAAAAGAAACCAGCUUCAGCUCCUGCAGCUGCUUCCACAGCAAAGACUUCAGCCUCGUCUUCAUCUGCACCUAAACCAGCAGCAGCUACAUCGUCCUCGGCUCCAAAAGCUGCAAAAUCUGCUACUGCAAAACCAGCAGCACCCAAAUCGGCAGCUGGUGCAUCUAAACCAGGGGCUGCCAGUAAACCCGCAACUGCGUCUAAACAAGCAAGUGCUGCCAAACAACCGACAACGGCUAAAUCUUCAACAAAGGCUGCUGGUGAUAAAAAAGCUGCAGCCAAGCCCAAAGUAGCAGCAAAACAAUCUAAAACAGCUGCAGCCAAAAAACCUGCAAGCAAAACCGCCGUUAAACCAAAAGCCCCUGCUAAAGCUGCUGCUACUACAGUUGUCAAACCCAAGAAGAAUGUUCCGAUUAAAGCACAGAAGGGUGUUGGUAAAGUGGUCAAGUCACCAGAUGUGCAAAAGGCUUUGAAAGUUCAGAAAAAAGUAAUAAAAGGUUCGUUUGGUACAAAAGCACGUAUCAUUCGCACGUCGGUCCAUUUUCGAAGACCUAAGACUUUCAGGCCUCCUAGGAAUCCGAAGUAUCCUAGAAAGUCGGUGCCCAAGAGAAGUCGCAUGGAUGCAUAUAAUAUAAUUAAGUAUCCAUUGACAACUGAAGCUGCCAUGAAAAAAAUUGAAGACAACAACACUUUAGUUUUCUUGACUCAUAUUAACGCAAAUAAGCAUCAUAUUAAAGCUGCGGUUAAAAAAUUGUACGACAUUAAUGUAGCUAAAGUGAAUACAUUAAUUAGGCCUGAUGGUAAGAAGAAGGCUUAUGUAAGACUAGCAAGGGACUAUGAUGCUUUAGAUGUUGCUAAUAAGAUUGGAAUUAUAUAAGUUAAUAUUCAGGUUUGUUUUGUACAUUGAAUGUAUAAAUAAAACUUGGACCAAGAGA